GUGAAGAUCAAUAUAGCAUAACCUGAGUAAUUACAAGAAAAGUAGUAUGAUAUAUAAUAAUAUUAAAAAUAAGAUUAUUUUGUAAUAUGAGAUUUUAGGAAAUAUUUUUGAAAUUUUAAAUAAUGUUUAUGAUUUUUUCUCGUGUAAAUUACGUUUUUUCUCAUCAUCUUUCUCAAGUACAUAGAACUUGGCAAUCACUUAUCAUGAACGAUGAACUAAUUCCAUUAAGCAGGUCUAAUCCUGUAAUUAAAAAACUAGAUAAUACAUUAUUUCAUUCUAUAUUUACACCAGAACUUAAUAUCUUAGCUCAGUUAUUUAAAAAGUAUAAUUAUGAAUUAAAAAUUGCUGGUGGUGCUGUUAGAGAUAUUUUAAUGGAUAUAAAACCAUUAGAUUUAGACUUUGCAACAGAUGCUACUCCAGAGGAAAUGAAAACUAUGUUUGUUAAAGAAAAUGUUAGAAUGAUUAAUAAUAGAGGAGAAAAACAUGGAACAAUUACAGCAAGAAUAAAUGAUAAACAAAAUUUUGAAAUAACUACACUUAGAAUUGAUAUGCAUACUGAUGGUAGAUAUGCAAAAGUUAAAUUUACAAAAGAUUGGAAAUCAGAUGCUCUUCGUAGAGAUCUUACAAUAAAUUCUAUGUUUCUUGACUUUGAAGGAAAAAUAUAUGAUUAUUUUUUUGGCUAUGAUGAUUUACAAAAAAGAAGAGUUGUUUUUGUUGGAAAUCCAGCAUGUAGAAUUAAAGAAGAUUAUCUUCGAAUUUUAAGGUAUUUUCGAUUUUAUGGAAGAAUUGCAGAACAACCAGAUGCGCAUGAUGAAUCAACUAUAAUAGUAAUAAAAGAAAAUAUACAUGGAUUACAAAGAAUAUCUGGAGAAAGAAUCUGGAGUGAAUGGUCAAAAAUUCUUUCUGGAAAUUAUGCUAAAGAAUUAACUUUAAAAAUGUUGGAAUGUAAUAUUGCAAGAUAUGUUGGAUUUCCAGAAAAUCCAAAUGUAGAAAAUUUUAAAAUUGUUUAUGAUAUAUCUAAAAAAAAUAAUAUUUUUUUGCAACCAAUUACUUUUCUUGCUGUAAUGCUAAAAGAUGAAAAUGAAGUAUUCCAACUUCAUAAUAGAUUAAAAUUAUCUGCAUAUGAUAGAGAUUUAGCAUUAUUUUUAAUUAGAUAUUGGGAAGAUAAACCAUCAGUAGAUCUUCUGAAAUUUUAUAAAAGCAUACUUAUUCAUUCAAAAGGAAAUAUUGUUAAUACAAAAAAUUAUAUUUGUGAAUUAUUAAAAUGUAAAAAAUAUUUUAAUCUUGCUGAAGACAUAGAAAAAAUAAUAAUACCAAGAUUUCCAGUUAGUGGAAAUAUGCUAAAACAACAUGUAAAAAAAGAGAUGAUGGGUAUUGUUAUCAAAGAAUUGAAAAAUAUUUGGUUAGAUAAAAAUUUUGAAACGAAUGCAGAAGAACUAUUACAUGAGGUUCCGAGAAUUAUUAGUGAAUUAGAAGAUAAAAAUUCAGAAAAAAAUAAUAUAUUCUUGAUUAAAUAAAUAAAU